AUGGACCCAACGCAACAGUCGCCAGUCGAUGACAAGUCCGACAAGCCCACCAACCUCCGCGCUAAACGGUCGCGCAAGGACCGGCCUUCCGUCCGCGGCGAAGCGUGUGAGCACUGCGCCCGUGCCGGACGCGAAUGCUCGUUCCGGGCGCCGCCUUUGAAUCGGCACCGCAAGUCCAGCACGACCCCGACCGCGACGACGAAUGGAUAUGGACCCACGUCGUUGGAAGCAGGCACCUCGUCCCUUGCGUCGCGGUUCGGGAGCACGACGGGACUGAGCAGUGGACCAUCCAAGUCGCCCUCGUCUUGGAUGGGUGAGCGGAGCACAUUGUCACUUUCACGACCACAUCCUGGCAGUGGCGUGCGCGCUUUCCUUGAUACUCUGGACGAGCGGGUCGCGCAACAGGAGGAAGAAGAUACGUUCGGAUACUCGUCCCUGGAUGCGGACGUGACGGAGGAGGAAGAAUCCCACUAUCUUGGCUCUGGAGCCGUAGCCCAGCUUGCGUCUGUAUCGCUGGACUCGCGACUUGAGAAUGGCGCGGCGGAUCUUCCCUAUCGCCAGGUGGCAGACCCACGUAACCCGGCCUUCUUCCUCAAAAACCCCUCGCGCGUGUAUGGACACUCGAAUGCCGCUUUCGUCGCAGAAAAAGCUUAUCAGGAUGUUUUAGCGAUCAUCAAUGGUGUCGAUCCUACUCUGCCUGACCGUCUUAUCCAGCACUUCAUGACCCGCACUCUCCCCGCUCUUCCGAUCCUCAACCGCCAGCGAUUCGAGGCUUGCGUCCAGGGCUGGCAGGGUGCUGGGACAUUCCCGUAUGCGCUGCUCAUUGGCAUCUUCUCACAUGCCGCUGUCCACGAGCUCGCUCUCCGCCCUCAUUCGAAGCAGCUGUGGUCCAUCUGCUGCCACGUUAUCGAUAACGAGUACCGGCAAGCGCGCCUACAGACGUUACAACUUGAGAUUAUCUGCUUGGCAGGCAGGCCGAUUCUUAACCCAGGCGGGAACCACGUUGGCAUCUGCCGAUCGCUGGGAGUACUGCAACUGCUGGGGCUGCAUCGGGACUGCUCGCGAUGGAAAUUGCCAAAAUGGGAACGCGCUCUCCGCAAACGCCUGUGGUGGAGUCUCUACGUGAUGGACAAGUGGAACGCCUACACGUACGGACGACCCGUGAACAUCGAGGCGACGCGGAGCUCCAUCCCGACGCUGUCGUUUGAGGAUGGCGAUGUUGGAGGCGCAACAACUCCGAAGGAAUCAGAGAUCGCAGUGUUUGUCGCCAUGUGCAGGCUGAGCUCCGUUCUCGAGGGUCUGCUUCCCCUUGUGCUCGACCGAGACACAUACCCUCGGCGGCUUAACCUCGAUCGCUCGCUGCUGCGCCACGGGGCCAGCGACCUGGAGACGCUGUAUCGCGACUUACCCGACGACUUACUCUUCGACCCGAUACAACCUUCGCCUCGCCCAGGGAGCCGAUCUCUGCAACUGUCCCACCUCGGCGUAGAGCUCCUCAUCUGCCGCCUGGGGCUUGAGCGUGAGGAGUUUGAGUACCCACACCAUCUCAUCGCCGCCAACAAGCAGAUGUUGAUCGUCAUCGAACACAUGGCCGUGUUUAUUGAGAGUCUACGGCCGGAGGACUUUGACGUGUUCUGGGCCCCAUGGUCGGCGUAUCAGCUCACCAACGCCAUUACUCUGCUCCUCCAACAGGCGAUUCGAGUGCAUACGUGCGCCAACGUGGUCCAGAAUGGCGGUCCCGUCCCUGCAAAUGUCCUACCUGCGAUUCGGGACGCAGCAAUUGACAUAUCCCUGGCGGAGACGAUUACGCUGCUACAGCGCGUUCUGACGGCUGUGCAGAGCGUGAGCACGCAGUGGGAGGUGGCGGGAUCUGCGAUGCCUCGCGUCAACAGUCUCAUCAAAAGCAUGCCUGCUAUCCCGGGGAUCGACGGUGUUCAGUCGCUUCUUCUCCCCGACCCGCCGGCAUUCGGGACAGUCCCAGACAUGGAGCCGGAUGUCGACAUCCUCGCGCUGUUCGACUGGCUCACAGGCGACAUCUCGAGCGGGUUACAGGGAGGCGCAGGGGGCGUGUGUUGA